GCGCAGACGCGAAGUUUCCUCUGAGUCUGGGAUCUUCCUGGUAGAUCUCAGUCUUGUGGGACCACAGGGGCCUGGGUGCAGGCCAGAGUGGGGAACAGGAAGGAACACAGAAUGGGCCCAGUGCUCCUCACCAGCAGACCCCCCCAGGAAUCAGUGACUUUCAAGGAUGUGGCUGUGGACUUCACCUGGGAGGAGUGGGGCUACUUGGACACUUCCCAGAAGGAGCUUUACUGGAAGGUGAUGGUGGAGAACUACAGGAACCUGGUCAGUCUUGGCCUUGCAGAUUCAAACAUGGAUGUGAUCUCUCAGCUGCAGUCAGGGGAAGCCCAUGGGGUUCCAAUGGAUAGUGUCCUAAGAACCUGCUGGCCAAAUGGGGACACUAGGCCUCAGACCAAGAAGUCAACUCGAAACUUGAGUAUUUCUAUGGAAGACUUAUUCCAGGAAAGGUCCUUGUGGGAUGACCUGUGCAUCUCCAAAAGGGGAAAAGCCUGGAAGUAUUUUCACAGGUUAAAGAAAGAGCAGAGCAAUAAGGAGAAACAUUCUAGACAAGGAAGAGUAAUCCGUACAGACCCUGCCGAUGGAGUCAGAGGUUCUGAAUACAGUAGAUACAGCCAAACCUCUAGUCCAGAGUCACAACAGGGAGUACAUUUAGCACUGAAUGUCUGUAAAAGUGAUAACCAGAGAAGGAGCUUCACCAUGGCGUCGAACCAAAGACAACGUAAUCAAAUCUGUUCAAAGAAGAAAUAUUCUGAGGUUAACAAAUGUCAGAAAACUUUUGUUUCUUUGGACUGCAAUAGAAAACAUGGAAUUCUUGCUGAAGAGCAACUUGGUGAAAGUGGGAAUUCUUUCCUCCAGAAUAAUGAACAAAGAACUCAUAGAGGAAAAAAGUGUUCUGAAUUGACUAAAUGUAGGAAGACAUCCUGUCAGAAGGCAGAUCUUACCCAAAUCUCUCAUAUUCAGAGUGAAAACAAAUCUUAUGAAUGCAGUGAGUGUGGAAAGGCCUUCCAGCAUAAGGUAAGCCUUACACAGCACUACAGAAUUCAUACUAGGGAGAAACCUUUCAUAUGUAGUGAAUGUGGAAAGGCCUUCCACCAAAAGAUUGAUCUCAUACGACAUAACAGGAUUCAUACUGGAGAGAAACCUUUUAAAUGCAGUGAUUGUGGGCAAGCCUUUUCCAGGAGCACAACACUGACUCGACAUCAGAGAACUCACACUGGAGAGAAACCCUAUGAAUGCAAUGAAUGUGGGAGGACAUUCAGAUCAAGCUCUAAUCUUACUCAGCACUGGAGUACUCAUACAGGAAUAAAACCUCAUCAGUGCAGUGUUUGUGGGAAGGCAUUCUCUCAAAAGUCUGCUCUUACCAACCACGGUAGUGUUCACACUGGAGAGAAACCAUAUAAAUGCACUGAAUGUGGGAAGAGCUUUCGCCAGAAGUCAGAUCUUCGACAACACUGCAGCAUUCAUACCGGAGAGAAACAUUUUAAAUGCAGUGAUUGUGGCAAAGGCUUUUUCCGGAACAGGGAUUUGACUCGACAUCGGAGAAGUCAUACAGGAGAGAAACCCUAUGAAUGCAAUGAAUGUGGAAAGACCUUCACCCAGAAUUCAGGUCUUUCAGUACAUAAGAGAAUACAUGCCAAAGAGCAAUCUUGAGAAUAUGGUUAAUGUGGGAAGGCAUUCCCCCAGAUCAGAGCACUUGUUCAACAUUAUAGAACUCAUGAUGGAGAGAAAUCUCAUUAAUUUAAUCAUUGAAGCAAAACACUCUGGUGGACUGAUCUAUAUUAAAUGAAAUUGAGGAAUAUUUUAAAAAAUAAAACCACAAAAAAACACUGA